AUGGCUCCCUCAGCGACUGCAGAACCAAUUGAUUCCCGCAUCGUGGAUUUCGUAGUCCCGAAGAAAGACACCAUCCAGCUUCCAGCCCCGGCCCGAGCCCGUCUCGAGAAGGCCGGAAUUGAUCUUAGCAACGGCUACCCGCAACGCCCAGCAAAGCCAUUGUACCUCGACGAUGCAAGCCGGAUCAGAAAUGUGGAGCGCGAGCACCUAGAUGCAGGGGCACGGGCAGAUAAGUCUAAGAGCGCAUUGCUCUCUGCUGCAAAGCAGGUCAUCCACCUGACUUCCCAUAUUGGGACGGAGAUUGUUGGGCUUCAAUUGAAGGACUUAACUAAUCAGCAGAAAGAUGAACUAGCCCUUCUGAUUGCUGAGAGAUCUGUGGUGUUCUUUCGAGAUCAGGAUAUCACUCCUCAGGAACAGAAGAAACUUGGAGAGUACUAUGGAGAAGUCGAAGUCCACCCCCAAGUACCACACGUACCCGGUGUCCCUGGCGUCACGAUCAUUUGGCCAGCGCUCCAAGCCACUGAAAGAGCCGCUUCGUUUAGACAGCCGGGAGGAGCAUCGCGAUGGCACUCAGACCUUGUCCAUGAGCUACAUCCAGCAGGUAUCACGCACUUGCACAAUGAUACGGUUCCCACUCUGGGCGGUGACACUCUAUGGGCAAGCGGCUACGCGGCAUACUCCAAGCUGAGCCCAGAAUUCCGCAAGAUCAUCGAUGGAAGACAAGCCAUCUAUGUGAGCGCACACACAUAUCUCGACCGCAACAACACAACUGCUGGUCCUAAACAUAUCGAGCGUACUCAUCCCAUCGUCCGCGUGCACCCAGCGACGGGGUGGAAAGCUCUGUUCGUCAACAGAGCCAUGACCAAACAAAUUGUCGGGCUCGACAAAGCAGAGAGCGACGUCAUAUUGAACUAUCUCUACGACGUGUAUGAGCAGAAUGUUGAUAUCCAGGUCCGUUUCAAGUGGACACCAAACACAUCUGCGCUUUGGGAUAAUAGAAUCACGAUCCAUAAUGCGAGCUGGGACUACGAAGGUUCAGAGCCUCGUCAUGGAACCAGAGUAACAUCUCUGGCUGAGAAGCCAUAUUUCGAUCCAGGGGCGCCGACAAGGAGACAAGCAUUGGGGCUUAGUGAUGAUUGA